GAGAGAUUAAGUUUUGACAAACCCCCAACUGUUAUCAAAUAUUACCAAUAAAGCCCAUAUACUCUCUUUUAUUACAAAAGCAAAGCAUCACAACCUCCUGAUGGAUAAGAAUCUAGCCGGAGACUCAACUCCGAGACCUAAAUGGCGGAAAGUAGCAUACGGAGGGAUGCAGAUCGGAUACAACGACAACUACACGGACGAAACGUUCCUCGAAGAAAUGGUGAUGAACGCCAACGUCGUGAGACGUGAUUUGCUCAAGGUGAUGAAAGGCUCUGUUUCAAUCUCUCAAUACCUCUGCAUCGUUGCACUCGUCGUCCUUGUUUGGGUACACACUCUUGAAUCAUCUCGUGACGAGAACUCGCUCUUACUUCUUGAUCUCUCACUCUUAGCAUUAGGGUUCUUGGUUCUCCUCCUAACCGAAGAAAAAAUGCUCCUCUUGCGUUACAUAGCCAACGUCUCUUUCUUCACCACGGGACUCUAUGUGUUAGCUCCGGUUUACCAGACGCUCACGAGAUCUAUCAGCUCUGAUUCUAUAUGGGCGGUGACCGUCUCUCUCCUCUCGCUCCAUCUCUUCUUGCAUGAUUACUCUGGUUCCACCAUUAGAGCACCAGGAGCGUUGAAGAGUCCGAGUUUAACGAGCUGUAUAUCAGUCAAUGCUUCGGUUGUAGCGUCAGUCUUUGUUGCUUCACGUCUUCCUUCGAGGCGCCAAGUCUUCCUGUUUGCUCCUCUCGUCACUUACUGCAUCAAGAAAUUCUCGUUUGGGUUGCAUCUUUUGUUCUCGUUUGGUCUGAUUGGUUUGACGCUGGACUCUGUUUAUGCGCUGCACAUACUCUUCUUUGUUCUGUUUCUUGUUAUUGUGGUUGUUGUUAAUGUUGUGUGUCCUUAUUGGCUGAUAAGGAUGCAAGAGUAUAAGUUUGAGAUCAAUGGUCCUUGGGAUGAAGCUAAGCUUUGUUUUUACAUUACAGAUUGAUUUUCUUUGUAGUUGGUCUGAGUGAUCUUUUUAUUAAAGGAGUUUUUACUCUGGUUUGAUUCAA